GUGGCAGGGGUGAAGUAUAUAAAGACCGUGUGAUACCACCUCUGACAUAGUUCUAGAGCCACGUGCAUCUCAGCCGCACAAAAAAUUCACAAUGAAAGUUUUGAUUGUUCUUUCCGUCGCGCUCGCCCUUGCGGCAGCCCUGCCACAGAGAGAGCAGGAGUACAGACAGAUCGAUGACUUCAGACCAAAAGUUGAGCUGACAUCCACCUCCACCGUCAUCCCCAUCCUGCACUUCGACAAGGAGCAAGGCACCGACGGCAGCUACAAGACCUCAUACGAGACUGGAAACAACAUCUUAUCUGAGGAAACCGGUCACUUGAGGGCUGCUGAGACCGCUGAAGGCAUUCCAACCCUGGUCCAGGAAGGUUCAUACUCCUACAUCGCCCCCGACGGCACCCCCAUCAACGUCCGCUACAUCGCCGACGAGAAGGGAUUCAGAGUCGAGGGAGACCACAUCCCGACCCCACCCCCAGUCUCCGCUGAGAUCCAGAAAGGAUUAGACCUCAUCUACGCCGGAAUUGAAGCUAACAGGAGACGCGCUGAGCUCGAAGCCAGAGACAACCCUGAAGCAGCCCUGAAAAACGAGGAGAAAGCCGCCCUUAACUACAAGGGUCUCUACUACGGCAAUUAAGCCUAAGCUAAGACCUAGGUUAAUAUGAAGUGAAGUUGGACUAGUCUCAAACAUACUCUUAUAAUUAUAAUAGCCUAUGCAGUAUGCGUGCUCUGGCACUGUUGUGUUCUACCAUGUGAUUUUGUUAUUUCAACUACUCGAGAAUUUUCUCUAUUUAUUGUAAGACUUGUUAUUUUGUAAGAUGUGUUCCGCCAUCCCACGUCGAUAAGUUCAAUACGAAUGUAUUAUA